UAUAUGUAUAUAGAUAUAGUAACUAUUAUUUAUCAGUGACUGUAGCAGUUAUCAGCUACCAUGGUUUCUGUGCAGUUUUAAUUCAGAACCGAAUAAACAAUUAUGUGUAAACUGGACUGAAAAUUGUGUACUGUUCUUGAACUUGGAAUUUACAGAAAUAAUUAGUGGUCAAAAUGUUCGAGUAUAAAUAUUUGACGAAGGAACAUCUGAAGGGGUUCAAUAAAUAUAAGUACAGUGCCAUAGACACCAGUCCCCUCAGUAAAUAUGUGAUGCAUCCAACAUGGAACACCAUAGUCAAAGUGAUACCAAAAUCCAUAGCACCUAAUUUAAUAACCUUUGCCGGGUUCCUAUGCAUGGUUGUAGCAGUAUUAACGCUAACUGCGUAUGAUUAUGACUUCUACGCGGCUGGUGGGCGACCAGGACUCUUGGAGUACCCGUGCGAGAUCCCCAAGUGGGUGUUCACCUUUUGUGGGGUCCUGAUCUUCAUGGCUUAUCAUUUAGACGGUAUUGAUGGAAAGCAAGCGCGUCGGAUCGGCGUGUCUGGACCUCUGGGCGAGCUGUUCGACCACGGUCUCGAUUCCUUCAUCGUGUUUCUGAUACCCUAUUCCUUAAUAUCUGUAUAUGGAAGGGAUCCGGUGUUCUCCGUUAGUUGUUUCAGAGGUUUCCUGAUCGUUCUAAGCGUAGUAAUGAAUUUCUACGUGAGUCACUGCGAGAAGUACAACACGGGAACUCUGUAUUUACCAUGGAGCUAUGAUCUGAGCAUGUGGGUGAGUUCAUCCCUGUUCCUAAUAGAAGGGCUAUACGGCCCCGGCUUCUACAAGUACUACAUGUUCCGAGAUGUCACGUUCGUCCAGGCUCUAGAGGUGUUGAUUCAUGUCAUGGGGAUGAUCACAACGUAUCCGGUCGCUGUUUAUAAUGUUUAUUUGUCAUACAAAAACCGCACAGGCCACAGAUACACGAUACUAGAAGCGGCUCGGCCCAUCUGGUCCAUGCUGGUCAUGACGCUACUCGUCACACUGUGGGCUCUGAAGUCUGAUAACAACGUGAUAGAGCAGUACCCGAGGUCUUUUAUACUCAUGUAUGGAGCGCUGUUUAGUAAUAUUGCGUGUCGUCUGAUCAUCUCAGAGAUGACCCACAGACGUUGCGAGCUCCUCUCCUGGAUGACGUGGCCACUUCUAGCAGGGGUUGUUACAUCAUUGUAUCUGCCUCAAUUGGAAGCCGUGGUGGUUCAUUCGCUGUUGAUCCUGUUUCUAUUUUCGCAUGUACAUUAUGGUGUUUGUGUGGUAAAGCAAAUCUGCAAUCAUUUAAAAAUAAGCUGUUUCACCGUCCCAAAGGAGAAGAGAAAAUAGUCAAUAAGAUAACUUAA